CGGGCUGUUCGGGGACGCGUGGCUGUGCCUUCACGGAUGUUCUGGAUUUCCCUGCUGAUAGGCACUGUUUAGCGCCUAAUCCCUAAAUCGCAGUAAGAUUAAGGGCGCGGGGGCAAGGAAAAGAUUUUGGAAAGUCGUUCUGGAGCCAUGGCCUUGAUGAAGAGCGGCUGGCUUUGGAGACAGAGCUCCAUUCUGCGGCGCUGGAAAAGGAACUGGUUUGUCCUGUGGCUGGAUGGCAGCCUGGUGUACUACCAGGACGAGACCCAGCGGGACAUGGAGGGAAGGGUCCACAUCAAGUUCAACUGCCGGGGCGUCAAGACGGGCCGCGAAUGCAGAGACGUGCAGCCCCCCGAAGGGAAGAGCCGCGACUGCCUGAUGGUCAUCAUGCUGCGAGAUGGCUCCAAAGUGACCCUGUGCGCCGAGAGCGAGGACGACGCUGUCGCUUGGAAGAUGGCGGUGCUGGAGGCGAAGGCCACCCCGGUCCAUGUCUACGACCCUUAUGAUGACUAUUACCAGACGGUGCCCCUGGAUUCCCACCAGGCGAUGUACAUCAGAUCUGGGUACUACGGCCACCAGUACGGCGCGCCCGGCGUGACUCACGUGAUCGUCCGCGAGGACCCCUACCGCGUGUCGGGAGACCACAUGGCUUUGGGGCUGCUGGCCGGGGCUGCCACGGGGGCUGCCCUGGGCUCCUUCAUGUGGAUGCCGUGCUGGUUCUGAGCGGAGGCUCUCCCACCUUCUGCGCGGGACCGGGGCUCUCUCCAGGAGGCCGGCGGGGCGCUGCCUGUAACGUAGAUCCCUGUAAGGCUCCCCUCUCCCCCCGAGUAACUCUGCUGCACUUUGCUUGCCGUUCCCGACUAGGCACGUUGGCAACAUAAAUUGUUCUUUGCCUCCCAGGCCAGCAAUCGUUUCAUUCCCCCAGCACACAUGACACGGCAGAGUCCAGGUGUCCCCAGCCCAGGCUGACCAAGGCAGGCUCUUCCCAUCCAUACUCUUCUCCCAGGGAAGUAGCGUGGUCUCUUGUGCUUCCCAGCCCCUGCCUCUCCUCCAUUCUUCAGACCUUGGGCUUUCCCCUCCUGCCCCCGAGGGGAUUGAAGCAGAGAUGGGGUUGCAUCUUCAGCAGGUCAGCUCUGUGGGAGGCAGUGGGGCAGCGCCCGAGGGUCCAGCCUUGCUUAGCCCAUUGGGGUCCCAGACCUCUGCAUUACAUGCCGGCACUCACAAAGUAGCAAGCGCUCCCUCUGGAUCGGAUGCAAGCAACGCCCUGCAUCAGUCUGAGUAGGAAGCCACGGCUCCAUGCCCAGAGCUUGAGCCUUCGCUUGUGGAUGCAACACGGGUCCCGUCUCACCAGGCGGGGGGUGCCGGGUGCCUGGUUGUAGGCACUGUGCCUCUAGCUAGUCUGGUUGACAGAGAGCGGAGAGCAGAAGCCUUUGGCGUGUGUCACGUAACACGCAACGCAGCCAAAUCCUUCUGUGCCUCACAUUUCCAGGGACGCGUGUGCGACAUGUAUCGCACGCCCCUUGCAUCAAACCUAUUUAAAAAAAAAAAAGUGACCUGCAGUAGGACGGAGGCCCCCCUGUCCUUCCUCGGUGCUGAAGCCCAGGGCUUGGCCUGCUGGUUAGCCUUCAGCCCUUACAGCACAGGACUCCCUACAGGACUCCCAAGCCUCAUCAGGUGCUCCCUGAGCAUCUGGGGAUAGCAAAUGCUGUCCUGCCUUGUGGUAGACCCCGGAGGGCUGGAAGGGGACUCUUCCCAUCCAGGCCCCUUCUCUGCCAGCAGCAAGGUCCUUGCAAGGAGGAAGACUAGGGAAAGGCGCAGGCUCCUGCUGCUCUGCAGCUUCACAGGCCAGUGACCCCUAUUCAGGUGCCACCAAGGCUUUGUCCCACUGUGGCCCUUCCUUAGAGGAGCCGCCUGUUACAAUCAGGGCCACUACUUGGGUGAGGGCGGCUUGCAGGCAUCAGCUUCUUUGAUGGAAAUGGGGGUUGAAGGACGUUGAGGUGGCAGCAGGGAGCAGGCGGCAGUCAAGGUUGCCCGUGCCUCCUCCACCCGUGCACUUGGGUGGCCUUGCAGUAAGAGGGGACCUCAUGUCAGCUCCUUCAUGAGGAUCGCCCAUGGGUAUAAGAGGACCCCAGGGCAGAAGAACGCUACCCCGCAGUAGAGCAGGGGCGUGAGAGCGAGUGUGAGACAUCACAGAUUGGUGUGUGCAUGUGUGUAUAGAGACAACUGUGAGAGAGAGAGAGAGAGAUCACAGACUGUUUAAUCAGCACAAUAUCAUCGUUUUUGGACAGUCGGCAGUAUAGCUCGCGUGAUAGAGGUCUUGGCAUCCGGGCCAAAGGCAGCACAAAAGGGGCAUGGUGUGCUUGAGGAAGGGUAUCUGACCAUGUAGAAACACCCACUCCAUGCAUGGGCAAAGAGGGCACAGCAAAGGCCGUAAGGCCACCUGGACUUGGUCGCUCCUGUGCUUCUCCUGAACAGUUUUCUGCUGCGGCUUUUUGUUGAGGAUUUCCCAAGGUUAAAAAGACAAAGUGUUUAAAGAGGGCAAAGCCAGGCCAGACUGACUCGGUGUCCGGCACUCCUUUACUUUCCGUGUGCUCUGACAAAGCUGCAUUUUCCGUGGUUCUCGAGGACAGCGCAAGAAGACUGCCCACUCUCCACUCCUCGCCCCCGCUGCUUUCCCUCGGCCUCCCACAUUUCCCCAAGCUCUUCUUCCCUCGCCAGCUGCUCCCAGCCCACUCUUCACCCACUCGGUCCCAGUCUCCUCCGCUGCUGCUCCCCAUCCUGCGCCCCCUCCAUCACAGCUUCUUGCCGCUCAUCUUCCCGCUGUCCUUGGCUUCCGCCUGCCUCACCAGCAACACCUUCAUUGCACCUCACGCUGGCAUCUGCCCAAGCCUCAGGCCCCUCAAAGCCUUUCUCCGCCAGCACAUCUGCCCCACUGCACCUUUUCCACCCAGACGUGAGGACGUUCAGGUUCAGUGGCGGCAGGAUUUUGUUUCUGUUUUACAUGAGGAGCCCAUGUCUUUUGCAAACUUCUUAUUCCAAGUAGACUCCCAAAUGCAGCCCCAGAAGAGCAUGAGCAUCCCCAAGCGUGACCCAAAACGAUUAUAAUGGAAGGGGUCAGGCUUCCUAAUGGGGGGUGGAGGGGGAAGGGGGCUUGCUCUGCUUCUCCUGUUACCUGGCUUCUCCCCUUUUGCUGCCUGAGCAGAUGAGCACUUCCACGCUGUAGCGCUCAACUCUGCAGAGCCAAGGGCCUGAUGCAGACCCUCGGUGCGUGGGAGGAGCGGAGGAGGAAGAGGGCACAGAGUGAGUAGGGGGGGCUGGCAGGAUGCCUUCCCUGUGCCCCCAGCCUGGAGGAGGGGGCACCCAGGGAGGGACCGCAGCUCACCCGCCACCACUUUGCAUUUCAAGAGGCAGGUGCGCGCUGCACAAUGGCAGAGGUGGGGGCUAGAAGGCCUGACACCACGUACUUUCCUCCAUCUCUUACCCCCUCUGCGGGCAGGAAGAGGAGGUGGUUACACCCCUCGGGUUUUCCAGGACCCCGCUGCAAUCCAGUAGCAAGCCUUUGCCCCAAGAUCCUCUGGUGCAUUGUACAGCGCUGCAUCGCAACUGCCUUCUGCUUGUGUCUCCGGCACCGCCGGGGCUCUGAUGCUGUUUCUCUAGAGCUCCAGACCUUAAUCCCAGCCACUAAUGAUCCCUCCUACAAUUGCACCUCACGUGAUCUCCCGCUCCAUCGGGGCUAAUACACCCUGGUUCUGGGCAUCGCCCCAAGGGUGCUUAUUAACACGGGCCCAGCCCCCCUUGGAGUUAUUUCUUUUGUCAGCUCCUACAAGGCUAUCAGGGAUCAUCUGGGCUGGAUGUCUGCCACCCCGGUGAAAAGACACCUGGGCUGGAUAUCCAGUCUGUCACCCCAGUAGCAGCUCCGGGGACUUCAGAGCAGCCCCUCUGGGUUUGCAAGACCUUCUCUCUCUCUGUGGGGGAAAGAGGCAUCUCCCAGCAGCAACACACUGUAGCAUUCAACUGGUGGUAGAUCUUUUCCCAAAAGAGGAUGGACGGCACAGUUUACACGGUCCAGCAAGUGAUUUCCUUAUGUGCAAGUCAGGCAGGUAAGCCUACACCAGCAGACACGGUUAGAGUGAGGAGAAGCAGUCUUAGCCGUUGCAAGCUCAUUUUAGGAGAGACAGAGGCACGUACCACGGUGGCGCAGGAACGCCGGCAGCGUUAUGGACUUAAGUGGACAUCACACCUCCUUGUCUGUGGCUAAGAGCCUAGAUCAGGGGCGGGCAAUUAUUUUGGGUGGAGGGCCGCUUACUGAGUUUUGGCAAGCCAUUGAGGGCCACAUGACAGGCAGCCAGGGACAGAUAAAUACUAAUUUUCUAAAUUUUUUAGGGGCCCCGUGGGCCAGAUAGAAAGCCUGGCAAGCCGCAUCCGGCCCCCGGGCUGCAUUUUGCCCACCCCUGGCCUAGAUGAUUGAAGGCGUGCCUGCCCACAGGGGGUUGGUAGAGCAAAGGACAAGGUUCAUUUCUACUGCGACCUGCGCAGUUUGGGAGGGGAGGAAAAGGAGGACAGACUUUCCCCUUCUCCUCCAGACCAGGGUCCGGGGGGAGCCGACAUCGGCACCCCAAGAUCUCUGGGCUCCCAGAGGCUGGCUGGCUGGGGCAUGGUCAGGGCCAAGGACCCCACCAUGGACGUGGCAUCAGGGGCUGAGGAGGGAGCAGCCGGUAUCUGUGAACAUCACGUAAAAUGAGCCCCGGUGCAGCAACGCCCUGCCUGCCUCGACCCUGAGCAAGGCCGAUGCUCCCGAGCCUCUGGGGGCGUCUCAAGCUCCGUACCCCACCCUCAAGAGGCACAAAGGCCCUAAAACAUAUAGACCACGGCCUCUUCAAGUCAGUUUGACUCUGGGAGAGCUACAGAUUGUGGGGGACACCUACCAGCGACUCGGACCGACUGAAACAGGAGUUUUGCUUGCUCUCUCCCACCUUUCCGUUUGCUGUUGCUAGGAAAUUUAGCCAGCCUUUCUGUCCAGCUGUAUCUUGACCCACUUCGGUUCAGUUCUCAUGGGUACAGUCGCUUUCCUUAAUAGGAGAUCGUAGCAUCCUUAAUGCCAAGAUACUGGUGUUUUCUUGCCACGUCCUUUUCUCUUUUUUUUUUUCUUUUGUGUGUGUGUGCAUGUGUGUCUCCCAGGGCAGAGUUCUGCUGCAUUGCCGUCGCUGUAAAUUCACUAAAUUUGUGUAUAUUUUGGAGAACAAAGGCUAUUUAAAAAAAAAAAAAAUCUAAUAAAAGGUGACUCU